CGGGCGGCAAAUGCUCCAGUUUUCAUUUUUAUGCCGCUCUGAUGCUUAGGCCUUUAAACGAUACACUCUGCCUAGAUGGUGAUCAGACUAUACAUGAUCACGACUUGCUCGAUCACAUUCGACGCGAUGUUUCGUUCUAGUAUCCGACUGUUAUGUAAUCCUCUAAAAAAAAUUAUCGACAUGGACAGGGAUCGUAGGGAGCAGCGCGAUCACGAUAAUUUAAAUGAAAACGAAGGAGAACGAAAACUAGGAAUGGAUUUUCGUAAUUUGUCUCAUCAUCGUAGUGUGGAUCAUUCAACCGAUGCAGACACGGAGCGAGAAAUGGAGGUUGAUCAGAACGAUCGUGUCGAGAAUCUUCACGAUGAUAAAAUAGAUCAGAACAUUGGGAGGAAUUUUCAUAACUUAGCGCAUCAUCCCGCUAUGAGAGAUAUGGAAAGAGAUCAAAAUAAUCACGCCGACAACGUGCAUGAUGAAAAAGUCGAUCACAAAAUCGGAAGAGAUUUUCGUAAUUUAGGUCCUCAUGGCAUGGUCCAUUUACACUCUGGAAUUGAGCAUUUAAGUAAUGUGGAUGUAGAGGUAAAACUAGCAAGAGAUGUUCGUGGCUCCUUAGGAUUGGGAUUAUCAUUAGAAUUAUGUGUAGUUUGUGGUGAUAGAGCUAGUGGAAGACACUACGGAGCAAUAAGUUGUGAAGGAUGCAAGGGUUUCUUUAAGCGUAGUAUUCGAAAACAGUUGGGUUAUCAAUGUAGAGGUAGCAAGAGUUGCGAAGUUACCAAGCAUCAUAGAAAUCGAUGUCAGUAUUGUAGACUUCAGAAAUGUCUUGCGAUGGGCAUGAGAAGUGACUCUGUACAACAUGAAAGGAAGCCAGUAUUGGGGGAGACAGCAGGUGCAAAAGUAGGAAAUCGAAGCCCUAGAGUUAAACCUGAACCACAGCAACCUGUGUCUGAAGCACCUCCAACCUGGGAACAACCUGAAAGUCCGAGUAUGGAAGACCAAAGUAGUGAUAGUGAUCUUAGUGAUGCAUUAACAUUAGCAAGAGAACGUUUACUUAUCUCACAUGCUUUGGAUAGUAUGGCUAAACUUAUUGGAGAUAGUGUUAAUGGUUCAAGUGAACCAGAAGAAGAAUGGACUGGUCAGUUAAUAUCUGAGAGGCAUACACUUUUUGAGUUAAGAGCACCUAGUCCUGCUCCUGCAUACUUAUCAAUACAUUAUAUUUGCGAGAGUGCAGCCAGAUUACUUUUUCUGUCCGUUCACUGGGCAAGAGGAAUCCCUGCAUUCCAAGCAUUACCAUCUGAAGUUCAAACAACAUUAGUACGCAGUUCUUGGGGACAGCUCUUUACAUUAGGCCUGGCACAAUGCGCGUAUACUUUGUCGCUUCCUAGUAUUUUAACAUCAAUAAUAAAUCAUUUACAAGCCAGUAUCGCACAGGAAAAAAUUACGGCUAGCAAAGUGAAAUCUGUUACGGAACAUAUAUGCCGACUGCAAGAUUGUGUUAGUUCACUUCAUAAAUUACAAGUGGAUUCUGUUGAAUAUGCCUACCUUAAGGCGUUAACUCUAUUUAGUGCUGAUAAUGUUUUAGCUGGUGUUUGGCGUAAGAAGGUUGAAGUCCUACAAGAAGCUGCGUGGACAGAAUUGCAGCAACGUGUAGGGUCUGACCGGUUACCACGCCUUCUUUUAAAACUUGCUCCGUUGCGUUCGAUUAACCCUAGAGUUUUGGAAGAUUUGUUUUUUGCUGGUCUCAUUGGUAGAGUAAGCGUAGCUAGUGUAGUGCCUUAUAUUCUUACUAUGCACGAUUACAAAACUGAACCUGAAAGUCACAUGGGAAAGUGCAAGAGGUCGGCCGACGAGGAGACCAAGGUGAAUAAAAAGGGAAAGCGGAAACGGACAGCGGAAACCGACAUCGUAGUGCCGACGAAAGAGAAGGAAGUGCCGGUUUCGGACGUUAAACGGAAAACCAUGGAACACACGAUCACAAGAUGCGACGCCCGGUUACCAAAAGUCACGCCGAUCACGGACGAUUACGAGAUCAGCAAUCACGUACUCGGUCUCGGAAUCAACGGAAAAGUUGUUCAAUGUUAUGACAAGAAUACCAGGGAAAAGUAUGCGCUCAAGGUGUUAUACGAUUGUGUAAAGGCAAGAAGAGAAGUUGAAUUACAUUGGAGAGCAUCAAAUUGUAGACACAUAGUACAAGUCAAAGAUGUAUAUGAAAACACAUACAGUGGCAAUAAAUGUUUAUUAGUUGUUAUGGAAUGUAUGGAAGGAGGAGAAUUGUUUGAGAGAAUACAAGACAGACAAGAUGGUGCUUUCACAGAAAGAGAAGCUGCACAAAUAAUGUAUGAAAUUUGUGUUGCUGUAAAGCACCUGCAUGAUAUGAACAUUGCACAUAGGGAUCUCAAACCUGAAAACCUUCUUUAUUCUAGGCCUGAUAAUAAUGGAAUAUUGAAGCUUACAGAUUUUGGUUUUGCAAAGGAAACACAUUUAAAAGACACUUUACAAACACCAUGUUACACACCAUAUUAUGUAGCUCCUGAAGUUCUGGGACCAGAAAAGUAUGACAAAAGCUGUGAUAUUUGGUCACUUGGAGUUAUUAUGUAUAUAUUGUUAUGUGGUUUUCCACCUUUUUAUAGUAAUCAUGGUUUAGCAAUUUCACCAGGAAUGAAGAAGAGAAUUCGGUUAGGUCAAUAUGAUUUUCCAGCUCCUGAAUGGUCACAUGUAAGCGCUGAGGCACAAGAUCUUAUUAAGGGAAUGUUAUGCACAGAUCCAGCGAGAAGACUGCAAAUUGACGAAGUUAUGCGAAAUAAGUGGAUCUCUAAACAUACGGAGGUACCACCUACUCCUUUACAUACUGGUCGAGUACUGAGGGAAGGCGAAGAACUUUGGCCAGAGGUGCAAGAAGAGAUGACGCGGUCUUUAGCAACAAUGCGCGUGGACUACGACACAGCUAAUUUGAAACAAUUGGAUCACACAAACAAUGCAUUAUUAAAUAAACGUAGAAGGGCAAAACAGUCGAAUGCUGUAACACCAACUGCUAAUCCUACGCCUGCUUCCUAGGGAGAUGCUGCAAGAGCCAGGAAACACUGGCGUAUUUUUUUACAUAGAUGUUUAAGAUAUAGUAUACUGACAGUAAGAAUUGUUUCGUGACAAUUAUGUUGCAUGAGAGGUGAGAGAUUACGGGACAGAACAUUAUUGAAAGAAAAGAUAUCAAACAUCAUGUCAUAGGAAAAGAAACUCGAAGAUAAUGCUUCUCAAAUUCAUUGCGUGAAUUUCUACUAUUGUACAUUUGUUUUUCAUUGUAAGAACAUUCUGUUUGAUUACUGACUAUUAAGCUGACUCAUAAAUAACUUCUACUGCAAGUGACGAAAAUGCAGUGUUGAAAUAAUUAAAAGAAUUCAUAAUGUAUACAAUCUAUUAAAUUUCAAACAACGGAAAACAUAUGAGAUUAUUACUAAUGUUAUAAACGCAAUGCGAGAAUUAUUCGGAACAUAAACUAACAAAGUUAAAUUUUAAUAUCACUAUUAUCAUGAUGUAUUCAUGAAGAAAAUAAUGAUGGGUAUAUACCUGUAAAGAGUACUUCACAACGUUUUAGUUAUGGUGCAUUUUUUACGUUCUCUAGUAAAAGUAAUACUUUAAUGGAAUUGAACAAUACAGUAAAAAGUUAAUUAUUAUAACUAAAGAACUAAAAACGUGUAUUGAAAUGUAUGCCUAUUGAAAAAACAUUGGUAAUGAAAGGUAUUUUCAUUAUCUGCACAUAUGAAAUGAUUCGACUUUUAUGGCCUACUUAAAUUAAGUUUUAUAUUAAAAGUCUAUCACUUGAAUAUACCGAACACGUAAUUUAGCAGCUAUAAUAAAUUUCUUACUACCUGUUUACUUAAAACAUUUUAUAAUAUGUCUUUGUAGUAUUUUUAAAUUAUUAGAAUGCUUUUAUUUAUCAGAAUGACAUCAUCGUAUCAUAAAAGCAUAGUUUAUUUGCAAAAUAAUACAGAAAAUGUUCUUUUAAGUAAUAUUUUGACUGAGGCUGAAUAUUCAAUGUAAGUAUUUUUAAAAUUGUUUCAGUAUGUUUAUAACUAUAUAUUACCCUAAUUAUUUUUAAU